AUGAAGUCCAUUUUGCUGUGCUUGUACCUAUUUGCGCUUGGUUCGCUGGCUGCGGACAUUCCAACCGAAAUAAACAGCGACAGUGUCCAAGACGCGAGCACAAAAUCAAACGGCAAGGAAAGUUUUGAUCCCGCUUCGGGUAAUUCCAUAAUCACAAAAAGAGCAGCUUCGAAGCGUAAGUAGAUCAUCAGCUGUAAUUGCUUUUGUCUUGCGACAUCUACUGAUUUUUUUUUCUGUAACUUUUCAAAUUAGAAUCUGUUAAAAAUUUGAAAUUUUACUUUUUCUAGGGAGAAUUUAUAAGAGCCUUACAUUUUUUCCAUUGAAUCACCAUCAGCUAAACAGUCAUGAAAAACGUGCCAUGAACUUGAAGUUUUGAAUUUGCGAGAACGAAAUGUAGCUGAAGAUGCUAUCUCUAAAACAAGAAGAGUGAAAUGGUCAAAUUUGAAUUGUUAUAGAGAGUCGGAGCAAGUGAAUAUUUUAUAAUUCAAUCAUCGUCAUAACCUAUUUUAAUAUCUGGCGCUUUUUUUUUUUUUCAAUCCACAGACGGUUUCUACCGACUGAACUCCUCCCCGGUGUGUUUUAGCGCAAGGGGAAACCUCUUUGGCACUGUUACGAUGCCAUUCGCUGGUAAGCUGGCUGCAAUGAAAUUGGUUCACCGUUACGGCUACGUCACCUGCCACAAGUACAACCCCAUUCACUGGUCUCACUGGGGUUGUGGUCAUUCAAAGGAUUAUGUUAACGUUGUCAUAACAACAUCACUGAACAGAAUCCUUCUGCCACCAAACCAGUUCCUCAAGUUUAAUCAUCAAGCAGGAAAGUGGUCUAAAGUUCCCGGAUACGGCGCGAAUUCCCCAGAGCUCAUUCUGUCGUUCUUCCAUCCUCGUUAUGUUUACCGGGGAUAUCAGCUCCGUGUGUGGUAUGGCGAAGACUUGAUGAAUUGGGCCGAAGGAGAUAACGCUGGAAGGGUCUGCUUUGAUGUCUAUGCCAGCUACGUCUGA